CCGCGGGGCAAGAUGUCGAUCGAGAUCGAGUCGUCCGACGUGAUCCGCCUCAUCAUGCAGUACCUGAAGGAGAACAGCCUGCACCGCGCGCUCGCCACGCUGCAGGAGGAGACCACCGUGUCGCUCAACACCGUGGACAGCAUCGAGAGCUUCGUGGCCGACAUCAACAGCGGCCACUGGGACACGGUGCUGCAGGCCAUCCAGUCGCUCAAGCUGCCCGACAAGACCCUCAUCGACCUCUACGAGCAGGUGGUGCUGGAGCUGAUCGAGCUGCGCGAGCUGGGCGCCGCGCGCUCCCUGCUGCGGCAGACAGACCCCAUGAUCAUGCUGAAGCAGACGCAGCCCGAGCGCUACAUCCACCUGGAGAACCUGCUGGCCAGGUCCUACUUCGACCCGCGCGAGGCGUACCCAGAUGGAAGUAGCAAAGAGAAGCGGAGAGCUGCUAUCGCACAGGCUUUAGCUGGAGAAGUCAGUGUGGUGCCUCCCUCUCGUCUCAUGGCUUUGCUGGGCCAGGCAUUGAAGUGGCAGCAGCAUCAGGGCCUGCUUCCUCCUGGUAUGACAAUUGACUUGUUCCGAGGCAAAGCAGCUGUGAAAGAUGUGGAGGAAGAAAAGUUCCCCACACAGCUGAGCAGACAUAUAAAGUUUGGUCAGAAGUCGCAUGUGGAGUGUGCCCGGUUUUCCCCAGAUGGCCAGUAUCUGGUCACUGGCUCUGUGGAUGGUUUCAUUGAAGUGUGGAAUUUCACUACUGGAAAGAUCAGGAAGGAUCUGAAAUACCAGGCGCAGGAUAACUUUAUGAUGAUGGAUGAUGCAGUGUUGUGCAUGUGCUUCAGCAGAGAUACAGAAAUGCUAGCAACUGGAGCACAGGAUGGAAAGAUCAAGGUGUGGAAAAUCCAGAGUGGUCAAUGUCUGAGAAGGUUUGAACGAGCACACAGUAAAGGUGUUACCUGCCUCAGUUUCUCUAAAGACAGCAGCCAGAUUCUUAGUGCUUCUUUUGAUCAAACAAUCAGGAUUCAUGGGUUAAAAUCUGGCAAAACCUUAAAGGAGUUCCGUGGUCAUUCCUCCUUCGUCAAUGAAGCUACUUUUACCCAGGAUGGUCACUAUAUUAUAAGUGCAUCCUCUGAUGGCACUGUGAAGGUUUGGAAUGUGAAGACAACAGAGUGCUCAAACACCUUCAAAUCCCUUGGCAGCACUGCUGGAACAGACAUUACUGUGAACAGUGUCAUUCUGCUGCCUAAAAACCCCGAACACUUUGUCGUUUGCAACAGAUCAAAUACAGUUGUCAUUAUGAAUAUGCAGGGACAAAUUGUGAGAAGCUUCAGCUCUGGUAAGAGGGAAGGUGGUGACUUUGUCUGCUGUGCCCUGUCUCCGCGUGGUGAAUGGAUCUACUGCGUUGGUGAAGAUUUUGUGCUCUAUUGCUUUAGCACAGUGACUGGCAAACUGGAGAGAACUCUGACAGUUCACGAGAAGGAUGUCAUCGGCAUUGCUCACCACCCCCACCAGAACCUCAUUGCCACCUACAGCGAGGACGGGCUGCUCAAGCUCUGGAAGCCAUAGCUUACACUUCAGUGAGCUCUGAAGCAUGCCUGUUGUUUGCAGGGCAAUAAAAGAAUUAUCUGAGCCUUCUUCCUAUGAAUGCACAGUAUGUUCAGACCAACUUUAAGAACAGGCCUAGCCUCAAGGGAGCAACAUUUUAGAAUCUGCAAAGGCCUGUUUCAAAUGGUUCCCAGUGCUGAAAUGAGGCACUUGCAUUAGUACUUGGAAUUUAAGUUUAUCCUCAUCCCCUCUUCACCCUAAAAAAGGGAAAAGCACACUGGAGCUUUAAAUAAUAUUUGUAAAAGUGUGUUUAGUUCCGCAUACCCAUGGCCGUGGAUGAAGGUUACACUAAGUGAUGCUUAGGUCCCAUGCUAUGAUAAAAGAAGCUUUUAGCCCUGAUGGUUCUGAAGCCUGAAGUUGAUGUUUCUGUCUGAGGUCCUGGUUACUGCAGAAAACUGUGCACCGGCAUCUUCUAAAACCCAUCCAUCGUUCCUCUAGGAUGCAGCUGAAGUCAAGAUUUUGUGUAAUGAUGAGACAGAUGCAUGCAGACCUGAAUCUGGCGUGCUGUUUUGUGUCCUUAUUUCUUGUAGAAUGCUUUCCUACAACAGUAACCUUUCCAACACUGAUAAUUUCUUUGUGAGUUAAUAAAUUCCAGUUUAAAUAACCUCACAUUUAUCUCAGCUGAUGGAAUUGGUCCUAGAGCCUGUGAUUAACCAUCUUUCAGCAUUGACCUGUACACUUACUUGAUCUGUGUUUAUGUCCAAGGAGAUGAGGAUUUUUUUUUUUGGCCAUAAAUUCUUACGUAGUAUUGCUCGUUCACUAUGGCUGUAGUGUUUAGUUCUGCUUAAGCUGUAAUGUUUUAGUUCUUAAGUUGUUUUUUUAUUUCCUGAGGUAUGGCAAUAAAGUUAUUUUUUAGAUAGCAAAAAGUGAUUAUUUCUUCUACAUGAAAAUUUGCUGAUUUGUCAGAAAUAAUUCACAAGCUUCGUUGGCAGUUUCUACUUUCCAUACAGAAGAGGAUCUUGACAAAAUAUUUUCGGUAUUAUCUAAUGUGUGGUUCACUUCUGCUUCAGAUUACAUGGAGCUGUCUGUUCUUGGUGUAAAUAAGAUCUUCAUACUGCUCCUUAAAACAAAGCUAGUUAUAGAAUAGUCUGUCAAAAUUCUCAACAUUUUAAGAUUGAAAUAAAUUUUCUAGAUUAAAAAUGUGAGACAAAAAAAAAUCUGGCAUAUUCUACCUUUUAAGUUUUUCAGUCUGUCUUGCCUUAAGUUCUCCAGAGAUAGGACAGGGAAAUAAAUGUACUCUCUAAAUGGAAGUGUGG